GGCGGCAACGCGAACUGGUAGGGGAGAGUAAACAACAUGGUGAUCGAAGUGAGAUUCGGUUUGAAAAUGUGGCAAUUAAAUCGAUACGUUAGGAGUGCAGUGGGUUGACCACAUCAAAAAUAAUAAUUAUUGUUAGCUGUCGUAUUCAGUUGAAACGGUAUUGUCUAAUAAUCCUUAAUUAUGACUUCAGAUAAGGUUUUAUAUCGACUUGACCAACCACAUGGUCCUGGUAAUGUAUACAUAUCUUGGCGUCCUGGCAACGGAACAUAUCUUGCCACAACAGGAUGCGAUUCUGCAGUAUUGAUCUUCAAUCGUCAAGGAGAAAUACAGGAGCGUAUUCGUUUAGCUGGGCUAUGUUCGGGUAUUGGUUGGGACACGGACGGCGACCUGUUGGCUGCCAUUUCAAUUGGAUCUUCUGCAAUUAUUUUGUGGGAUGCAACGACUGGCAAAAAAUCACAAAUAGAUGCUGGACUCAAAGACAGUUUAACUUGCAUGGCUUGGGCCAAAAAAAGCUGCACACUAGCAGUCGGUACACAAAAAGGAAACCUAGCUCUCUACGACCACGUGAAUGCUAAACGUAUCCCCAUCUUAGGUAAACAUAAGAAAAAAAUUGUUUGCGGAGCAUGGUCGACAGAAGGGCUCCUUGCUUUGGCAAGUGAGGAUAAAGUCCUCACUAUUAGUACAAGUGAAGGUGACACACGCAGAGAAAUAACGUUGCAAGGGGAUCCUUCUGAUCUUCAGUUCAGUGAAAUGAAAAUGGACCAGAGAUAUGGAGGGGAAAAUACAGUAUCGCUGGUCGUUGGUAGAACAACAUUAUUCCUUUACAACGUCUUGGAUCCUGAUAAUCCCAUUGAAUUAGCCUUCCAAAAGAGAUAUGGCCAAAUCAUUACUUACAAAUGGUAUGGCGAUGGUUACAUACUGGUGGGCUUUGAGGCUGGCUAUUUCAUAGCUAUAUCGACUCACAUAAAAGAAGUUGGCCAAGAAUUAUUUCAAGUUAAAAAUCACAGAGAUUCAUUGAAUGAUAUCGCACUAAGCCGUGUGGCUGGCAAAAUCGUAACUUGCGGAGAUAACACUUUGAAAGUUCACAGUAUACAAAAUCUAGAGGAGACCAACAGAGUCAUCACUUUGACAGGCGAAACUGGCGUUAAUAAAGUUGAAUGGUCAUCAGAUGGUAAUAUGUUAGCUGCAGCAACAUACAGCGGAAAUAUAUUGAUUUAUUUAUUGCAAUUACCAAAGUUAACCAGUGUAUGUGGGAAUAGAAUUGCCAUUCUAACAAGCCUAACCGAAGUAAUCGUGUACUUGUAUACACUCGACAAGAAUAAACCUACACCACAGACAAUCGACACCGUAAUAGAGCCAUCUGUGAUGGCAGUUGGCCCUUUACAUUUGGCAGUGGCAUUAAACAACAGAGUAUUAUUUUGGGACUUGAUUAAAUUUAAUCAUGAUCACCCUGUACAUUUUGAACGGGAUUACUUGGGGACGGUCGAAAGCAUAUGCCUCAAUCAAACAUUCGUUUCUGUGUUGUUUGACGGAAAGCUUCAGUUACACACCAUAGAAACAGAUCAAGACCCAUCAAGCGAUGGAAGCGAGUCAAAAAUAUUUCCUCAACCAAAUGCUUUAGAUACUAAAAUAACUUGUCAUAUUUUGUCGCCCGACUUUUUGGUUUAUGGAAAUGACAUGGGUCACAUACUGUAUUUCAACUUGGAAGCAUUUGAACAAUCCACAGAACUGACUCACAGCAAUGGAAUAAAGCGGAUUUAUUUAGAUGCAAAUGGAACACAGCUGUGCUUCAUAGAUGAUAAAUCUGAUACGUACAUUUUUGAUCCGAUAAAUGAGAAUACCAUACAGAUAGUCGAUUGUCCCAAUUCAAUUGAAGGUGUUAUUUGGGAUCAAAACAUAUUUGAUCGUGGUGUGUUUGCGGUAUAUAAUCAAAACGUCAUCGUUACGUUUGUUUAUGUAAAAUAUUGCAUAGAAGGGCCCAAAGUCAACAAGAUCUCCGUGACCAAAUUACCCACAGAAACUGUACCGUUGCUCAUGUACUCCGGAGAAGUAACUCUAAGUACAGCAGGUAGUCGUCUGACUCAACUUACAUUGUCGUCGCAUGAGCAUAUCGGUAAUGUGACUGAUCCAAAAAAGAUGGGAGAAAUCCUCGACAAUUACGUUGCGUGUAGAAGAUUUACACAUGCUUGGGAGGCAUGUACGAAACUGAAUGAUUUAGAGAGUUGGCAAUUGUUGGGGAGAAGUGCGAUGGCCAAUUUGAAUGUAGAAUUUGCACUACGAGUAUAUCGGCACAUAGAAGAUGUGUCAACUGUCUGGUCUCUGCUAAAGCUAGAAAACAUAGAUGAGUUAGCUUUAUUAUGUGGGCAUAUAUCAACUUUACUAGGUGAUUAUAACCAAGCUGAAAAGUUUUUCCUACGCUCGUCCCAACCCGUGGAAGCCCUCAACUUGAGAAGAGACUUGAUGCAAUGGGAACAAGCUCUGAAUUUAGCACAAAAAUUAAAACCGGAAGAAGUUCCAUUCAUUGCCAGAGAGUACGCCCAACAAUUAGAAUUCACAGGCAAUUAUCCAAAAGCUCUAGCCAACUACGAGCGUGGAUUAGUCGACAGCGGUAUACAGUCAAACCCCGUGGUUCAACAUAUCAAUCAUAAGAGUAUAUGUCUUGCUGGAAUUGCAAGAAUGUCUAUAAGGUGUGGGGACAGUAGAAAAGGCGUUGGAAUAGCCAUGGAUGUGGAGAGUGCGAGAUCCCUCAGAAGAGAAUGCGCAGAGAUUUUAGAGAUAAUGAAGCAAUUCAGCGAAGCUGCACUCUUAUAUGAGAAAGCUGAAUAUUUUGACAAAGCUGCUUCGGCGUACAUAAAGUUAAAGAAUUGGCACAAAGUUGGACAACUUUUGCCGCAAAUAACAUCUCCAAAAAUUCAUAUUCAAUUUGCUAAGGCCAAAGAAAGUGAAGGGAAAUUCGAAGAAGCUGCUCAGGCAUACGAGACUGCGAAAGAUUACGAUAACAUAAUCAGGAUAAACCUGGAAUAUUUGAAUAAUCCUGCAAGGAGUGUGGAGGUUGUGCAACAAACGAAAAGCAUCGAAGGUGCUAAAAUGGUUGCCACAUUUUUCCAGAAAAUGAACGAUUACAAUUCUGCCAUUAAGUUUUUGAUUCUAUCCAAUUGUCAUGACGAGGCCUUUCAGUUAGCGAAUCAACUCGGCAAAAUGGAACUUUACGGAGAUAUCUUAGUUAACACCCUCGAUCACGAUAACGUUAGAAUAGAAGACUUCAAAAGCCUUGCCAUUUAUUUCGAAUCACAAAGGAACAGUUUAUUAACUGGAAAGUAUUAUUUUCAUGCAAGGGAUUACCAGAAGGCUCUGAAGCACUUGCUUAAAGCUGCUCAACUCGUCGCGGAUGACGAUGCGGCACUUGCGUUAGCAAUAGAUACCGUAGCGUCAUCCAGGGAUGAAAAAUUAGCGAAUCAACUGAUAGAUUUUCUGUUAGGCAGCGAUGGAUUGCCCAAGGAUCCAAAAUAUCUUUUCCGCCUGUACAUGGCUAAAAAACAAUACAAAGAAGCUGCCAAAACUGCUAUCAUCAUUGCUAACGAGGAACAAAUCAAUGGGAACUACAGAAACGCGCACGAUGUGCUUUUCGGUAUGUACCAAGAACUGAAAAGAAACAAAAUCAACAUACCUUUGGAAAUGCAGACUAAUCUGAGGCUCUUACAUUCGUACAUACUGGUACGGCUGCAUGUGAAGAGAAACGAUCAUUUACGUGGGGCUCGGAUGUUGAUAAGGGUAGCAAACAAUAUCUCGAAAUUUCCAUCGCAUAUCGUUCCAAUAUUAACAUCGACGGUAAUAGAAUGCCAUAGAGCCGGACUGAAGCAUGCAGCGUUCAACUUUGCUGCGAUGCUUAUGCGGCCUGAAUACCGAACGCAAAUCGAUGCCAAAUAUAGCAAAAAAAUUGAAGCGAUUGUUAGGAAAGCUCCAAAGACAAAGGAUCCUGAAGCUGAGAACGAGCCAUUAACACCUUGUCCUUAUUGCAAAAAUAAAUUACCUGAGACGGAAGUCAUGUGUGACAAAUGCAAGAACACCAUACCUUUUUGCAUUGCUACGGGUCGUCAUAUUCUUGAAGAUGACUUUACAGUUUGUCCGCGAUGUGAGUUUCCCGCAAUCGCAACUGAGUUCCUGCGAAUCAUCGAAAGUGAAGAAGUUUGUCCAAUGUGUACGGAACAUGUGGAUCCAAAUAUGGUGUCAUCGAGCAUCAACAUUCAUUCAUUCCUCGAUGCACAAGAUACCGAUGUUUAAAAGAUUUAGAGUUUUUUUCAAACAAAGUGCGCUCACAUCUGGAAUAACUGUGCGAAUUGUUGUCAUAGCUCACUAUUUUUCCAUGAAUCAUACCUUAGUCUUAGACCGAACAGUUAGUACAGUGUAGGGAGUACAAUCUGUGGCAUAUACGGUUUAGAUAUUCUGAACAGAUGCUGAUCUAUCGAAUCAAAGAUGAUACAUAGUAAUAAUUAUUGAAUUCCACUCAAUCCUUCCUUUGGUAAUUUUUGAUAACGAAAACCUGAUAUAUUCAGCCAUCGAGCAGAAGAAUCGUGUCAUUCAAUCGUCAGGGGUUUAUACUUGGUGACUCUCAGAAAACUUUGCUCAAUUCUCAUGAUGAGUAUCUCCGAGGAGGAUACCUUGACAAUUAAAGUUGAAAUGCAAAGAUCAGUUUACCUAUAACAUAUUGUAAAAAAUUAGGCGAGCACGUUUGACGUUAGGUAUAGCUGAAUUUGUUGAUUGAAUUAAGUGAUUUGUCGAAUUAAUCAAGUUGCCGCUAGUUCAGUACUUAGAAUAGCUAAUAAAUUUGAUUAUCUCGAUUACUUUCGGUUGUAAUUCAAUUUCAGAGUGUCAGAAUGAUGUUUUGAUGUUGAAAAAAUACAGAAGAAUACUACACAGUUCAAUUUU